AUAUUAAUAUUAAUAUCAGUAAUCACUUAAUGUUUAUAUCAUUUGAUUGAUUGACACAAUUGUUGCGACAGUGAAGACAAAGAUUGUGUCAAACAAUCAUUGAUUGAUCCGUUAAGUCAUUCAAUGUUUGACCACAUUUGGCAUCUUUUUUGAUUGUCUUAAGUCAUAGACAGUCAGUGACCUAAAUGUGAAAAUGAUGUCCGAAAUGUCGAGAAGACCUGAAAACCCGAUUUCUUCGCCCAAAUCGAGUCCUCGCGGCAAUAGAUCACCAGUUGUUCCGCGACAGGACAGUACCGGCACAUUGAAGACAACGAUAUCACUUGGAAAGACACCAGUGAUUGUCCAUUCGGGACCUUUUUAUUUGAUGAAAGAACCUCCAGCUGAGAGCGAAUUAACGGGUUCUGCAAAUCUACUUCUGAAGAAUAGUUUAGAGCAUUCAUAUAACAAAUUCUCGGGACGUAAGGUGAAGGACCAGUUGAGUGCAUUCUUACCGAACCUUCCGGGAAAUAUAGACACUCCGGCACAUAUAGAUAAUAGUUCUCUUCGGGCACUCAUUGAUAAGCCUCCAAUUGGUGGCAAAGAAUUGAUACCAUUAACAGCAAAUCAAUUGUUAGGUUUCCGACUACACGCCGGACCGCUUCCGGAACAAUACCGACUGAUGAAUCAGAGCGUUCAGCGCAAGAAACACAAACAUAAGAAAAACAAACAGAGAAGCGGAGAGACACCCGCUUAUGACUCUCAUUCAGAGAUCUCAGAUGUGGUCCAAACUCAUGAAAAGAAACACAAAAAAGAGAAACGAAGAGAAGAAAAGGAAGAAAGGAAAAAGAAGAAAAAAGAUAAGAAAAAGAAGAAACAAAAGCACAGCCCUGAGGGCUCAUCCGGUCUGAUCGGUGAUACCACUCCUCAGCAUUCAAGUUGUGCACUCAAUGGAAUGCAAAGAAACAUUUAAAAAUCAUUAUUAUAUUUAUAAGACAUUUGUUUAUUAUUAUAUUUGAUUAUCUUUUAAUAUAUUGUGUUUAAAUGCAUACAACUCGAAG